CUCUCCUCCUCCUCCUCCGGCUGUGUCGAUCGAGCGACGAGGGCGAGGCGAGGCGAGGAGGCGGGGAUGGCGACGUGCGUGGAGACACUCGGCCCGCUGCUGGGCACGGCGGCGGGGAACGCGACGGGCUACCUGUGCAACCGGUUCGCGGACACGACGUCGGCGGUGGACUCGACGUACCUGCUCUUCUCGGCCUACCUCGUGUUCGCCAUGCAGCUCGGGUUCGCCAUGCUCUGCGCGGGAUCCGUCCGCGCCAAGAACACCAUGAACAUCAUGCUCACCAACGUGCUCGACGCCGCGGCGGGCGCGCUCUUCUACUACCUCUUCGGCUUCGCCUUCGCCUUCGGGGCGCCGUCCAACGGCUUCAUCGGGAAGCACUUCUUCGGCCUCAAGCAGGUCCCGCAGGUCGGAUUCGACUACAGCUUCUUCCUCUUCCAGUGGGCCUUCGCCAUCGCCGCCGCGGGCAUCACGUCCGGCUCCAUCGCCGAGCGGACGCAGUUCGUGGCGUACCUUAUCUACUCCGCCUUCCUCACCGGCUUCGUCUACCCGGUGGUGUCCCACUGGAUCUGGUCGACCGACGGGUGGGCCUCGGCGUCCCGCACGUCGGGGCCGUUGCUCUUCAAGUCCGGCGUCAUCGACUUCGCCGGGUCAGGGGUUGUCCACAUGGUUGGCGGCGUGGCCGGACUCUGGGGCGCCCUCAUCGAGGGCCCUCGCAUUGGGCGGUUCGACCACGCCGGCCGCUCGGUGGCGCUGCGCGGCCACAGCGCGUCGCUCGUCGUGCUCGGCAGCUUCCUGCUGUGGUUCGGAUGGUACGGGUUUAACCCCGGCUCGUUCCUCACCAUCCUCAAAUCCUACGGCCCGCCGGGCAGCAUCCACGGGCAGUGGUCGGCGGUGGGCCGCACCGCGGUGACCACUACCCUCGCCGGAAGCACGGCGGCGCUCACGACGCUCUUUGGGAAGAGGCUCCAGACGGGGCACUGGAACGUGAUCGACGUCUGCAACGGCCUCCUCGGCGGCUUCGCGGCGAUCACCGCCGGCUGCUCUGUCGUUGACCCCUGGGCCGCGAUCAUCUGCGGGUUCGUCUCGGCGUGGGUGCUCAUCGGCCUCAACGCGCUGUCGGCGAGGCUCAAGUUCGACGACCCGCUCGAGGCGGCGCAGCUGCACGGCGGGUGCGGCGCGUGGGGCGUCAUCUUCACGGCGCUGUUCGCGCGCAGGGAGUACGUCGAGCAGGUCCUCGGCCAGACGGGGCGUCCGUACGGGCUGUUCAUGGGCGGCGGCGGGCGGCUGCUCGGGGCGCACAUAGUGGUCAUCCUGGUCAUCGCGGCGUGGGUGAGCUUCACCAUGGCCCCGCUGUUCCUGGUGCUCAACAAGCUGGGUCUGCUGCGCAUCUCGGCCGAGGACGAGAUGGCCGGCAUGGACCAGACGCGGCACGGCGGCUUCGCGUACGCGUACCACGACGAGGACGACGGCAAGGCGGGCCAUGGCGUCGGCGGGUUCAUGCUCAAGUCGGCGCACAGCACGCAGGUCGCAGCCGAGACGGGCGGCCAUGUCUAGCGACACGGAUGAGCUGAGCAAAUAGUAUACACACAAAAGAGGCAUCGUCGAUCGAAACGAAAUGCAUUUACGCAUUUUUCAAGAAUGAUCCGAUGCUGAAGGCUUCGUGGUUGUAUAAUAAGAAGGGUAAAAAAAAGGUAGUAUUUUUAUCU